AUGGUAGAGAUUGUUCCCUCCUCAACCAGUUAUCCAUUUCCGCUAUGUGCAUCUCCAUUCAAAGGAAAAAUUGCAGUAGUUGUUGAGAUGAAAAAAGAUGACGCCGAAAUUCAGCUAGCCGCGGCGUUUGUCAAGAAUUAUUUCUACAACUCUCAAAACUACAACUUUGCCGAUGUUACGCAGGCUAUCAAUGUUCCAUACGGUAGCACUGAUCAAUAUGGAACAAAUAUAUUGAAUUUCGGUGAUGCUAAAAGCUUGGCAAAUCUGCAGAAAAAUCUCGAUGAUCUUUACAACAACUCUACUUUGACAAGCAUGCCAGCAGUUGCAGACGGGCUUAAUUGGAUUGCAAACAACAUUGAUUCUCCAGCAGCUGGCUCAAAAGCGAUUGUUAUUGUUGUUGGUUAUAACCCCGACGUUAAUGAAGAAGCUACUUACUUUGCUAAAAUGCCCUUGACAACAGCAGGCUACCAGUUUUUGUCUGUAUCCGUUGGAUCGGGAAAUUUCGAGAGCAUAGCUGAUAAAAAAGAAUGGUUCUUCCAAGUGGAUCAGUCGAACGGACAGACAAUCGCUAACCAGAUCUCUUAUAUUCUUUGUAAUAUGUCUUUGUAA